AUGGCACCACACUUUCCUGAACAUUUUACGCAAAAGAAGGAUAUAGUUUCUGAAACUCCCUUUGAAACUUUUAAAAACAAAUCAAAUCAUGAAGACUUUCAAGCUCUUAAUAUAUUCUAUCAAGAAGCAAGAAAUGCCUUCUUUCUAAGAGACUAUGAUUCUGCAUAUUCUUCGUGUGAAGCUGCGAUUUCUAAACUUCCAAGUCUCCCUUUAGUCACCGAAUGUCCUUCUACAAGAAUCAUACAAGUAAAAGUUUGGAAUCUUUAUGUAAAUCUUAUAGCUGCUCUGCUAGGUGAAAGAAAACAAAUCGUGACCAAAGACUUUGAGAUUAAAAAUCUCUUAGAAAAACAGCCUGAGGUAAUUUGUAGAGAGGUUUAUAACAGAGUGGUUAAAGUUGGUUAUGACAAUGAAGAUGGAGAUGUUCCUGGCGAGGUGAUUAUUGCAUGGUGGAUUGCACGUAGUAUAAUAGAAGACUGGAUUGAAAAUACACCUAUUGAUUCAAGAAAUGAUUCAAUGUUAAAGCCAUAUGAAAAAAUUGUGGAAUUAUAUAUCUUACACGUUUUACCGAAAAUGAAAGAUUGGAAUGCUGCGAAUGAAUUUCUUUCUAAAAAUAUUAUCAUAGAUAAUACUUACAAGCAGACUUAUGAACGAGCACUUGUGAAAUUAAAAGACAAGUCCAAUAGGUUAACAUCUCUCAAACAUACUAAAUCAAAAAAGGAAAAACAGAAGAGAGAGGAUGUUAAUGGUCACAAAAAUGGCCUAUCACAUCACCGAAUGGACUUUAGUCAUACAGGUGGAAGUAUAUCAUCAACUAGUCACAAUCAAAAACAUCCACAUAACGGAUCUUCAUCGUCAUCGACUACCACAAUUCGUCAUAAUUCUGCUUCAAAAUCAUCCAUACUAGAUAGAUUCAGAAAUAUUUCGGGAAAUGGCCAAAUUUCGCUAGCAUCAACGAUCAACCGCAUAGCCGACCUCUUUUUGGUUUAUUUGCAAAGAGCUAGAGCAUAUAUGUCCUACCCAAAAAUCUAUCAAAAGACCGUGCUCUUGUUGUUUCUCAUUUCUAUUAUUUUAACUAAUGGUUGGAAUAGAGAAAAGUUACGAGAGAUUAUGGUCAAAGGAAUGGUCAAACUAUGGGCAACCGUGAAGGCUG